CAAGACUCUUCUCCCAGCCGCUAGGGUCCCCGUUCAGCCAAAGCUCCUCUCUCUCUGGGGCACCCAGGCCUUCCCUGCCAUGGGACCUGUCAGUGUUUGGCAGUGGAGCCUGUGGGGGCUGCUGCUGUGCCUGCUGUGCAGUUCGUGCCUGGGAUCUCCAACCCCAUCCACGGCACCUGAAAAGAGGGCCGGGAGCCAGGGGCUGCGGUUUCGGCUGGCUGGUUUCCCCAGGAAGCCAUUCGAGGGCCGCGUGGAGAUACAGCGGGCUGGUGAAUGGGGCACCAUCUGCGAUGAUGACUUCACGCUGCAGGCUGCUCAUGUCCUAUGCCGGGAGCUGGGCUUCACAGAGGCCACAGGCUGGACCCACAGUGCCAAAUAUGGCCCUGGAACAGGCCGCAUCUGGCUGGACAACCUGAGCUGCAGAGGGACUGAGCGGAGUGUGACUGAAUGUGCCUCCCGGGGUUGGGGGAACAGUGACUGUACCCACGAUGAGGACGCUGGGGUCAUCUGCAAGGACGAGCGCCUCCCUGGCUUCUCAGAUUCCAAUGUCAUUGAGGUAGAGCAUCACCUGCAAGUGGAGGAGGUGCGGCUUCGGCCAGCCGUUGGAAGGGGCAGACGGCCCCUGCCCGUGACUGAGGGACUGGUCGAAGUCAGGCUUCCGGAUGGCUGGUCGCAAGUGUGUGACAAAGGCUGGAGUGCGCACAACAGCCACGUGAUCUGCGGGAUGCUGGGCUUCCCGAGCGAAAAGCGGGUCAACGUGGCCUUCUACAGACUGUUCCUGACUCUGCUGUUGUCUUAUCCUCACAGAAAGUUGAGGAAGCGAGCGGCCAAAGCCUCGGCCCGACGCUCCAAACCCCUUGGAAGACCAGUCACCAAGCUUAAAGCCAAACCCAAAACCCGAAUGGGCAGGGGGCCAAUUAAGAGGCUGCUGGCCCAGCGGCAGCAACACUCCUUUGGUCUGCAUGGGGUGGCGUGCGUGGGCACGGAGGCCCAUCUCUCCCUCUGCUCUUUGGAGUUCUAUCGAGCCAAUGACACCACCAGGUGCCUGGGGGGGGCCCCUGCGGUGGUGAGCUGUGUGCCAAGCCCUCUCUACGCAGCGUCCAGUGGCCAGAAGAAGCAACAGUCGAAGCCUCAGGGGGAGGUCCGAGUGCGUCUAAAGGGCGGAGCCCACCCAGGAGAGGGCCGGGUAGAAGUCCUGAAGGCUGGCACGUGGGGUACGGUCUGUGAUCGCAAGUGGGACGUGCAAGCAGCCAGCGUGGUGUGUCGGGAGCUAGGCUUCGGGAGUGCUCGAGAGGCUCUGAGCGGUGCCCGCAUGGGGCAGGGCAUGGGUGCCAUCCACUUAAGUGAAGUUAGAUGCUCUGGACAGGAGCUCUCUCUCUGGAAGUGCCCCCACAAGAACAUCACAGCUGAAGACUGCUCCCAUAGCCAAGAUGCUGGCGUCCGAUGCAACCUGCCCUACACUGGGGUAGAGACCAAGAUCCGACUCAGUGGGGGCCGCAGCCGACAUGAAGGGCGAGUCGAGGUGCAAAUAGGGGGACCUGGGUCCUUCCGCUGGGGCCUCAUCUGUGGAGAUGACUGGGGAACCCUGGAGGCCAUGGUUGCCUGCAGGCAGCUUGGACUGGGCUAUGCCAACCACGGCCUGCAGGAGACCUGGUACUGGGAUUCAGGGAAUGUAACAGAGGUGGUGAUGAGUGGAGUGCGCUGCACAGGCACUGAGCUGUCCCUGGACCAAUGUGCUCACCAUGGCACCCAUGUCACCUGCAGGAGGACAGGAAGCCAUUUUACUGCUGGAGUCAUUUGUUCUGAAACCGCCUCAGACCUGCUGUUGCACUCCGCACUGGUGCAGGAGACGGCUUACAUCGAGGACCGGCCUCUGCACAUGUUGUACUGUGCCGCUGAGGAGAACUGCCUGGCCAGCUCAGCCCGCUCAGCCAACUGGCCUUACGGCCACCGGCGUCUGCUCAGAUUCUCCUCCCAGAUCCACAACCUGGGGCGUGCUGACUUCAGGCCCAAGGCUGGGCGCCACUCCUGGGUGUGGCAUGAAUGUCAUGGGCAUUAUCACAGUAUGGACAUCUUCACUCACUACGAUAUCCUGACCCCCAACGGCACCAAGGUGGCUGAGGGCCACAAAGCUAGUUUCUGUCUAGAAGACACCGAAUGUCAGGAGGAUGUCUCCAAGAGGUAUGAGUGUGCCAACUUUGGAGAGCAGGGCAUCACUGUGGGUUGCUGGGAUCUCUACCGGCAUGACAUCGACUGUCAAUGGAUUGACAUCACAGAUGUAAAACCAGGAAACUACAUUCUGCAGGUGGUCAUCAACCCCAAUUUUGAAGUAGCAGAGAGCGACUUCACCAACAACGCCAUGAAAUGUAACUGCAAAUAUGACGGGCACCGCAUCUGGGUGCACAACUGUCACACUGGGGAUGCCUUCAGUGAAGAGGCCAACAGGAGGUUUGAACGCUACCCUGGCCAGACUAGUAACCAGAUCAUCUAAGGUGCCACUACCUUCCUCUGCAGACCACCACUGGCCCCUAACGGCAGGGGUCUGAGGCUGCCAUUACCUCAGGAGCUCACCAAGGAAUCUUUGACGUCAGCAUGCCCACAGCACUCUUCCAUUGUGCACUGCAGAUGUGGAACCAUCAAGCAGAAAUCACUGCCCUCUUUCUUAGGCCAGCUGUCCUGAUCUGCUGCCAGGCACGGGGCAUUCUGCUCCCAGGCCCAGCACCAAGCCAAGCACAACACAGAGAGGCACACCUGACUGGCUGCCCAGGACAACCGACAACAGCAGCUCGUUUUCUUGAAUAGGGAGGUCAGAAUGGUUUAAUUCCAGCAUCUCCCCUCAGUUCUGGAAGAUAAAGCUUUACC